GUUUUCCCUCCAUGUAUGAAUGUAUAAAACCCAAUGCUCUUUUACUGUUUCUGCCCUUCUUCUCUCAGAUGAAUCAGGAAGAGAUGCUGUGAAGUGCUUUUUAAAUCUCCGCUCCAACCGCAGUCCCAGGACAUGGGAGCAUAUCACAAGGACAGUCACUUUAAAUUCAACAGAUGCUGUUUCCAUAACCGCUUGCAAAGCUGAACGCCGUCCCUUAACGAUGAACACGACGGUACGCUGGGCUCUAACUUUUCAGCCUGUGUUGGUUAAUGCCUCUGAAGAGUUCAACGAUUCGGUCCUUCUCGGCAGCAGGAGCGACAAUGGAUUCUGUGAAAAGGUGUUCAUUAAAGCCGAGGUCUUCUUGACCCUGGGGAUCAUCAGCCUUCUGGAGAACAUCCUCGUCAUCCUUGCCGUGAUCAAAAACGGCAACCUGCAUUCCCCCAUGUACUUUUUCCUCUGUAGCCUGGCUGCAGCAGACAUACUGGUGAGUAUGUCCAAUGCCCUGGAAACCAUCAUGAUUGCCAUCCUGAGCAAUGGCUAUCUCAUCAUGGAGGACCGCUUCAUCCAACAUAUGGACAAUGUCUUUGACUCAAUGAUCUGCAUCUCUUUGGUUGCCUCCAUAUGCAACCUUUUGGUCAUAGCCAUCGACAGGUACAUUACCAUUUUCUAUGCACUCCGCUACCACAGCAUCAUGACCGUGAAGAAAGCCCUGGCUCUCAUCGGGCUCAUCUGGGUCGCCUGCAUCUUUUGCGGCAUCAUGUUCAUUGUCUACUACGAGAGCAAAACUGUCAUUGUCUGCCUCAUCACCAUGUUCUUCACCAUGCUUUUCCUCAUGGCCUCGCUGUACGUCCACAUGUUUCUGUUUGCGCGCCUGCACGUCAAGCGCAUCGCAGCCCUCCCGGUGGACGGAGCCCCCCACCAGCGCACCUGUAUGAAAGGGGCGGUCACAAUCACUAUUCUCCUCGGGGUCUUUGUUGUCUGCUGGGCUCCUUUCUUCCUUCAUCUCAUUCUGAUCAUCUCCUGCCCAACCAACCCACACUGUGUUUGCUACACCUCACAUUUCAACACAUACCUGGUCCUUAUCAUGUGCAACUCGGUCAUCGAUCCUCUCAUUUAUGCCUUCCGGAGCUUGGAGAUGCGAAAGACGUUCAAGGAAAUAUUCUGCUGCUGUUACAGCAUAGGCUCAGGACAGUGCAUGCUCUGAAGUGCUCACCUUCUGCUGUCUACGAAGGCAUUAGGUGGCUAGCUUUGAGGCAAAAAUCCUAAAUACUGUCUGAAAGUAUCAUUGCUAAGAAUGAUAAAGGGGAAAGGCUUAAGGACUGAGGGUAAUAGGGGAAGAGCUAUGAUUUCCUCGCUGCUGCCACCUUUCAGUUUUUAAAAACUAAAUGGCAAAAGAGUACAUUAAUGCAGUAUGCUUGCACUUAUGUAGGGAUCACAGAAGCAAACUGGUGUAAAUUUCAGUAUGCCGGCUCCCGUGCUUCUCACUGUUGCAUAUAAUAAAAUUUCAGCAGAUAUACUUUCUCGUGUUGUGUGACACUGCAGGCACUUGGCAAGUUGCACCUGACAAGGACCUAUGAAAAGGAUCUAUGAAACCUCUAACAUUGGCUGAAAGUUUGGCUAUCCUAGCUACACAUAUGGGGGGCGGAGCUCCUUUGAACACAGUAAUACUUGGUUUUAAAAAGAUGUACAGAACUGUGUGACAUGGCUGCAGUCCCAUGAACAUUACAUAAGGGUAAAUAUUACUCUUUAUGCAAAAGAGUAAACCUGAUUAGUAUUACACUGUAAAUAAUAUCCUUUUUACUACGUGCUAGUAAAUCAUAGUUGCUGCUGCUGCUUUUUCAGUGCAUGCCAUCAGCACUGUGUUAAAGGUCUUAUCUGGAGCAGGCUGUAUGAUGAAUGCAACACUUUUUUUGCCAGACGGACGAAAAGCUAGCAAGUCACAGAACUGCUGUUGGAAAAGACUUUAGAUACUCAUCCUUGUGUUCUCAGAACAAACAUGAGAAAGAUACAGUCAGGUGACAGCUUUCAUUGCCCGCAAACAUUCUAAUUCCUUAAAGGAUACCAG